UCCGGCGGGCACUAGUGGCGCGUGCGCAUUGGCGCCUGACGCGUGCGGAGCUUGCGCCAGAGAGGCCCCGGGUCUGUUUGCACUAGUGAGGCAGCUGCAGCCCUUCCCAGCGCCAUGUCGGACCGGCUCAGCAAGCCCACGUGCCUCAUCGUCGCCAGCUCAGCCGCCGCGGGGGUGUCUGCCCAAUCCUUCCUUCACUCUUUCACGCUGGCUAGCUCUGCUUUUAAUCUACAAGUUGCCACACCAGGGGGGAAGCCAAUUGACUUUGUAGAUGUGAAUGACAGCAACUUGCGCUGGAUACAAGACUUCCGGAUGAAAUCUUAUGCAAAUCCUGCGAAAUUGGAGUCAAUUGAUGGUGCUAGAUACCAUGCCUUGUUGAUUCCUAAUUGUCCAGGGGCUGUGACUGACCUUGCAAAUAGUGGAUACCUAGCAAGGAUAUUACAGCACUUCAGCACAGAGAACAAGCCUAUUUGUGCUGUUGGACACGGAGUUGCUGCCUUAUGCUGUGCCACAAAUGAGGAUAAAUCCUGGGUAUUUCAUGGAUACAGCCUGACCGGGCCUUCUGUGUAUGAACUGGUAAGACGGGCCAAUUUUUCCAGUUUGUCCAUUAUUGUGGAAGACUUUGUGAAAGACUCUGGAGCUACAUUUAGUGCCAGCAAGCCAGAUGCUAUACACAUAGUGUUGGACAGACACCUGGUUACAGGACAAAACGAGAAUUCCACUAUUGCAGCAGUCCACAACCUUGUUCUUCUCUGCAAUGGCAGGGGAGGAAAUAUAGGUGAAGUACUGUGGGAAUGGAUUAAUUGA